AUGGCUGAUCCCAGGAGACCCGCGAAGGUGGCCAGGUACAAACCUCCCAGUACCGACACCAACCCAGCACUGGAGGACCCAACCCCUGACUACAUGAACCUACUGGGAAUGGUCUUCAGCAUGUGCGGGCUCAUGCUCAAGCUGAAAUGGUGUGCCUGGAUCA